AUCAAACACAACCGAUAUUGGGCUAUCCUUUUGCUCUGAUAAGGACUACUCGUAUUGGGCCCAUGGUUUUGUACAUGAAAAUGGGCCAUAUGUACCCAUAGCCCAUUUCUGCUACUGAAAAACUCAUUUCACUUGCAGUCGUCGUCUUCGUAGCGGCAUUAACAGCUCCUCGGAUCUGCUUACUUUCUUCUCUUCAGUUUGGUGACAGCAGCUUCAUCCUCGUGCUCCCUUUCUAUUUCAGCACGCGAGCUUGUAUUCUGAGCCGUCGAAUUGAAGUAAAUGGUAUUCUUGCACGCUCUCAACAGAGGUGAAGCUCUUUUUGCCCGUCGUUUGCAGCCCCAAAGCUCCCAUCUUUUCACCUAUCUAUGCAUGGGCCCACAUCAACUUCACAAGAUUGUCGAUGACAUUUAUUCUUAUUCCUGCAGUUCAUAUCCUCACUUCCAAAAGCCUUGUCUUUUCCAUUCCGCGGCUAGUCCUUCCGUUGAAUGCCUACACGAACAAAUAGAAUCACCUGACAGUGUAAAAAAACCAAGAGACGACGAAAAACGAAGGCAGGACCCGACUAACGUUUUCAAAAAAUGGGGUUGCUCGGAGAGCGACAUCUCUAGAAUUUUCGAGCGGCGCCCGUCUCUCCGUAAAACCGAUAUUCACGUCCUUCAAUCCAAGCUCCAAAUCCUCUCCGAACUGGGCAUCGAAUCCAGUGACCUGGUGAAGAUGAUCCACUGCCGGCCCCGCCUCCUCAACUCCAAGAUCAAUGUCAUGCUCAACGAGCGUGUCAACUAUCUCGAAUCCCUGUUCGGCUCCCGAGAGCUCCUGGCCAAAGCUUUCGUCCGAAACCCUUCACUACUAACUUACGACUUUCAUAACAAGAUGAAACCGGCUGUCGCCAUGUAUGAGUCGUUGGGCCUUAGCAGAGAAGACUUGAUAUUCAUGCUCUUGUCACGCCCUACUUUGAUCCCUCGCACCACAUUAGACGAAGAAAAGAUAGAGUACAUUCGCAAAACCGGGGUCUCAAAAGACUCGAAAAUGUACAAACACGUAGUAUCCUUAUUGGGCAUAUCCCGAAUCGAGACCAUUAGGGAAAAAGUUGUGAAUUUGGGCAAGUAUGGGAUUCCGGAGAAUAAGGUUUACGGGCUCAUCGGGCGGUCCCCUUUCUUGUUAACUUUGUCUGUUGAUAAUGUCCAACGGCACAUGACUUUCAUACUGGCCACGAUGAAGCUUCCAGCAACCGUCUUGCUUCAAUGCCCGUUUUUGUUGUAUGCUAGUUUGGAGAGUGUGUUGAGACCACGAUUCAGGGUCGCCUGUAAGAUAGAGGAUAUGGGUCUUUUUCCUGAGGUUAAAGGGCCCUCGCUGUUGAGGGCAUUGAGGAUGUCUGAAAAACGCUUCAUCUCGGCUUUUAUUACGUGUCACCCGGAGAGUGUGGUUGAAGAGUUGAUGGCAGAGUAUAGAAAUGCAAAAUGUGUUAGGCGACUAGCAGAGUCUUCAAAGAAGGUGUCAAAUAAAGGGUUUCCCUUCUGAUCAUUUUUGGUUAUAUUCGGAUUAUGUCAAAAGAUAUAUAUAUAAUAUUUUGAUUUGGUUAAGAUCAAUUUUAGGCUUUUAGCAUUUAAUUGAAGUUCUAGCCAUGUAACCAGCAAACAUUAUUACAUUCAUCCCUUAAUUUUUUUUUGAAAUGCAACAGUUGUCCUCGAAGGUUGUUGGACAUUGAAGAUCAAGC